AUGCUACCGACCAGUCCUCAGCCCAGAGAUUCGAACACCGCCAAGGUGCAAAUGCAUACCAUUCGCGGACACAUUUACUCCACCUCGGUUUCUUUUGCAGCAAGUUGGGAUGCUGAUGAUGAUGCGAAUCGAUAUAGGCUGUUGAAGUAUGAAAGUUGA